AUGGUUAACAAAUGUUGUUUUGCUGGCUGUUUUUCAAACUAUUUUAAACGUGAUGUGGUUCUAGUUUUAUUAUUUCCUGUACAGAAAGAAUUAAGAACGAAAUGGAUAAAAUUUGUAAAUAGACUAAACUGGGUACCAACUAAGUCAUCAGUUAUUUGUGCAAAACAUUUUCAGGAAAAAUAUUUAAAAUAUAGAGAACAAGAAAAAAGAUUUCGUUUGAUAAAGAGGUUAAAAGCAGUAACAACUGUACAUCUAAGUGUUUUAUCGAAAUCAUCUAUACCAACAAUAAAUUUGGAAAGAAAAUCUCAAUCAGAACGAAUAUAUCAGAAUGAUCAAAGAAGCAAAUGUUUAAAAAAUGAUUUAAUAAAAAAUUUAAACUGUAUUGUUAUUAUUCCAUGUCAAAGUGGUUGA